GACCUCAGUUUAUCAUCCCCAGUGGUUUCCAUUGGGACUCUUGGUACUGAAGCUCCUCAGAGAAACAUCAGUGGAGCGUUGAUUUCCUAUCCUGAGUACAAAUACAAGAUUUUCAGAUAUCAUAAUAAAGAUGUCAUGUAUAAUUAUAAAGAAAUGGUGCUGAAAGUUUUUAAGAUCAGACAUCAUUCAUACAAUCAGACAAUUAUUCAUAUUGUAAAUGAUAAUUCAGAGCCAAAUAAGGCAGCAAAUACUCAAACAACACGAGACACAGACAGGAAAGAUGACAAAGAUGCAGAAGUGUUACCCUCUUGGAGCACUAAUCAGGAAGUGAAUGUCUCAAGUCUUGUUUCCUGUGGUGGUGAUUUUCUUCUCAAAGUCUUCACAAAAACAUCAAAGAAUCAGAGAUCAGAGUAGAAGGGGCAGAAACACUUUCAAGAAGGAUUUUUGAGAUUUGUGUUUCUGAACCAAUAGCAGAUCUUUAGUGAUUUAUUUUUUUUAUUUAAACCAUCGUUUAGAAAGUGAAGGUCAAGUUUAGAUCACAGAAACUGUGAACACAGAUUGAGUGAGAAACUCAAACUCUCCUGUCUGGAGGACAAACAGCCUGUGUGUUUAGUGUGUAUUUACUCACAAAACACAUCAAUCACUCAUUUAGACACAUCAGUGAAGUUGUUCCAUCAUAUAAGAUUUCUCUGGAUCAUACUGGACCCUGUACUGGACACUGAUGUUUAUAAGAUUUUCUAUUUAUUUUUUACUAAAGGAAAGACAAGCCAGGAAGAAGAGAAGAUUCUUAGUUGAAGCUCUCGGAGAAGUAAUAAAACCAGACUGGGUCAAGGGUGAUUUGUUCCUUAACUUUGUUCUUCUGUUGCAUCAUGCUGAGAUUCAACUGUGUUAAAAAUAAUGAAUCUUCUGAAAAUAGUAAAACCACUCUUGAGAAAGGUGGAAGAAACCCACCUGAUGUCAAAUUAGAUUUCGUACUUGAGGAUUUAUUAAAAUAUUUUAAUGAGCUUGAGAUCUUGUGUGAAACUAAAAAAGAGAUUGAAAAAAAAUAUGACAUCGUCAAGGAACAUGAUGAUAGCUGGUCAGAGAAUGAUAUCAAACGAGCUUGGGGAAAAACACAAAGAAUUGAUUAUUACUUAAGAAGAAAUCGCUGGGCUCUUGUGAUAGUGCUGCAGGUAUUAAAAAGACCAAAAGAACAAAAAGAAGAAGAGUCUGAGUUGAGUUUGAUCAAUAAGCCUGACCAAAUGAAAGCUGAAAGAGAGAAUGGAGGAGGGGAAGAUGUUCUUUGGUCAACUGUUGAUAUAAAUCAAGCUUGUGGAAAAGCAGAAAACAUGAAAGUAAUCUCAAAAGAGAGAUCAACUCAAAGCAGUGAUGAACCUGAGACAGUGGGAGCUGCUGGAGGAGGUAAGCAGAUGUCUGGAGCAGGAAAAAAAGUAUCUAAAGUAUCUAGUCUUUCAGAGGAUUCUGGUGUUGCAUCGGGAAGUCCACUUCCAGCUUCUAGCACAGAUGUAGCUCUUUCACCUAUAAAUCCAAUUGCUAAUUCAUACAACAGUAAAACCAAGAAUGCUGCAUUGGUGAAUGAGGAUAUAUCAGCUUGUGGCAUAUCACAAAGAAUGAAAGGAAACUCAGGAGACAGAUCAACUCAAAGCAAUGCUGAAACACAAGAAACUGAACAAACGAAAGAGACAGCUGUGCAGCAGUCAGAAGUAUUUUUCGGUCCAACUAAACGCAAAUGGAAAGAUAAAGAAGGAUCAGAAAUUCUACUUUCAACUUCUGGUGAAAGAGAUGAUCCAGAAAAAGUUCCAAAGAUGCUUACAAGAAGUUGGGCAAAAGAAGCUUCAAACAAAUCUAAUUCUCAAACCGUCUACAUACGGAUCCCAUUCUCAGUAAUGUCUGGCAAUGAAUCACCCUCUAGCACAGACACAGUAGUUCAAAAUAAAAGCCCUACCUAUAAACUAAUAGACGGAGUUCCUAAUCUUACUGAAAUAAGGAAGAGAAAAUCAUAUGCUCUGUUAUAUGACAAUCGAACUAAGAAUGCUGCAUGGGUGUAUGAGAUACUGAACAGUGAAACUUUAAAGCAAGAGGUUGAGAGGCAAAAUGUCUUUAGUGUGGAUCAAUCGAUUCAUCCAUUCUACCAAGCAUCUACGGAUCUGUAUCAGCAUCCCUAUGUACGAGGUCAUCUUGUUGCAGCUGCCAAUCACAGGUGGUGUCAGAAAGCCCUCGAGGACACUUUUUUGAUGAGCAACAUUUCACCACAGCAUACGAAAUUAAAUAAUGGCAGUUGGAAAUCGUUGGAGCAGGAAUAUCAUAGGAAAGCAAAGGACAAACAAAAUGACAUCUGUAAUGUCCAUGUGUACACUGGACCACUUUACCUACCAAGAGAUAAGAAAUAUAAGGAGAUAAGAGGCCAAGCAGUGCCAACUCACUUCUUUAAGGUGAUAAUUGUGGAGCAUUGUGAUGGGACAGUAGAGCUGAAAUGCUAUCAGAUGUCCAAUGAUGAGUCAGAGUACAGCACAGUGACAAUUGAAGAAAUUGAAAGAGCCUCUGGGCUGAUCUUCAGAGAAAACAGUUGUAGUAAGGGAGAGACUGACAGUGACAGGGAAAUAACAUGGACAGGAGAAAAUGAAUAUGGAGAAACAUGUACAGUUAAAACACAAGUCAAAAUAAGCACACCAUGUUCGUAAUGACUACAGUGCAUGUGCUGACAUCCGACAUGUGUACAGUAACUCACAAUAUUACCCUGAUAACACAGAAACACACUGAUUUUCCCUUAUAGGUGUGUUAGGAAGAACUGACCAUCUGUAGAUGAAAAGAGGGAAAGUUUGUCUCACUAGUGAUACUAGUGGUUAAAACCAUACCCCAUAUACUUAAAAGUUGAAUAAAUCUCAAAACUGUUAUAUAUUACUUUCUUACAUUUACAUUUAAUCAUUUAGCAGA